UCUUCGCCGCUACACAACUCGGGAACACAAACAAGCAGAACCAUGGCCUCUACAAACUACAAGGAAGCAUUCUCCCUCUUCGAUAAGCGCGGAACCGGCCGUGUCGCCCUCGAGUCCCUGGGCGACCUGCUUCGCGCAUGCGGACAGAACCCAACCCUCGCUGAGAUCAGUGACUUGGAGAAGGGAAUUGGCGGAGACUUUGAUUUCGAUGCCUUUUCCAAGGUGCUUAACCGACCUGGUGGAUUCCGCGACCCAGGAGAGCCAGAGGAGUACUGUCGUGGCUUCCAGGUCUUCGACAAGGACAUGACUGGAUACAUUGGUGUUGGACAGCUUCGAUACAUCCUGACCAACCUCGGCGAGAAGAUGUCGGAUGAAGAAGUUGACGAGCUUCUCAAGGCCGUCGACACCAGCUCCGGCGAGAUAAACUACACCGAGCUCGUCCGAACGAUUCUCGCCAACUAAGCUUGUCCAUCCCUUUCAACCUCUUCUAUUGCGGCCUCGGUGUUUAUGCGUUAUGAAUAUAUCAUUUUUCACAACUUGUUUAUGGAUAGGGAAGGAGUCCAGAAAUCAUCCUGUCACACGACGUCGAAGAGUCUUUUUCUUUGGUGAUAAGCGGUAGAGAUUGGUGUAUGGGCCUUUUAUUUUAUGGAAUCGUAAUA